AUGUGGCAAACACAUUUAAGUCAUAGUCAUUUAAAGGUUAUUAAAUUAAAAUUAACUACAAGUGGAGCUGGUUUAAGUAAUCAAUUAUUUGAUAGAGUAAAAUGGGAAGAUGUUGAAUCUAUAUUUCAAAAUAGAAUUAAAACUGGAUUAAUAAUAAAUUUAAAACAUAAGGAUUUAUCCAAAUUUUUAAAUGAUGCAAAUCAAUUGUUUCAAAAUGAAAUUAAAAAAAAAAUAAUUGUUUCUAAUAUAGUUAAAGUUAAUUCAACUUUCUGUGGAGAAUUCGUAAAGAAAUCAAGUAAUGAUGAGGAAAUAAACGAUUUUAAAUAUUUUCAUACUAAAAGUGCUUCCAUUGAUUCAACAACAGACUUAAAAACCUGGUUUGCAGUACAUAUAAAAGAUUAUAUUUUAAAUAAAUUAUCUGAAUUUCAAGAACGCGAUUCAUCAUGGGCACUAAGUAGAAUUAUAUCACUUGAAAUAAAUAUUAAUAAAUAUGAAAUAGGAAACGGUUCAUCUUUCAUUAGAUUACCUAAUCAAAUUAUAUUUAAAAGAGCAUGUAUAAAUAUAAAUAAUAAUGAUGAGGCAUGUUUUUAUUGGAGCAUUGUUAGCGCGUUGUAUCCAACAAAUUAUCACAGUGAACGUUUAUCUUCAUAUCCGCAUUAUACUCAAGUUUUAAAUUUACAAGGUUUAGAUAUUCCAAUACAGUUUAAUAAAAUUUCACUAUUUGAAAAAUUAAAUCAAUUAUCUGUGAAUGUUUAUGGGUUAGAAUUAGUAGGAAAAAAUUAUAAUGUCGUUCCAUUAAGACUUACAAAAAACAAAUUAGAAAAACAUAUAAAUUUACUUUUGAUUCAAAAUACUUAUUUUCCAAAACUAAAUGAUUAUGAUGCACCCGAUCCAAAUGAUAAUGAACAAAUUAAUAUACGAUAUCACUAUUGUUGGAUAAAAAAUUUAUCUAGACUGAUAAAUUAUCAACUAAAUAAAAAUGGCCAUAAAAAAUUUAUUUGCGAUAGAUGUUUAAAUUACUUUUUUAAUGAAAAUAGACUUAAAGAUCAUUCAAUUCUAUGUCAAAAACUUAAUGAUUAUAAAAUAACGUUUCCAAAAGAAAAAGUAGUUAAAUUUAAAAAUUUUAUAAAUAAACAAAAAACACCUUUUAUAGUUUAUGCUGAUUUUGAAUCAAUGUUAUUACCAAUUAAUGAUAAAAUAAAUAUUAAAACAACUAAAUAUCAAAAACAUACUGCUUUUAGUUGCGGAUAUUAUCUUAAAUGUGAUUAUGAUAAUAGUUUAUCAUAUUUUAAAAGUUAUCGCGGUAUUGAUUGUAUGGAGUGGUUUGCAAAGGAAAUGAAUAAUAUUGCUGAAACAAUUCUAUCAAAAUUUAAAAACAUAGUUCCGAUGAAACAACUUCCUGACAGAAUAAACAUAAAAUUUUGUCAUAUUUGUGAAAAUAAUUUUACACUAAAAGAUAUUGUGGUUCGUGACCAUAAUCAUUUUACAGGAGAUUUUCGUGGAUUUGCUCAUGAAGCAUGUAAUUUAAAUUUUAGAAAACAAUUUGUUGUACCAGUUGUGUUUCAUAAUUUAAGUGGCUAUGAUAGUCAUUUUAUAAUUCGUGAUCUUGCUAAAUUGGGAAAAAUUACUUUGUUACCAAUAAACAAAGAAAAAUAUAUUUCAUUUACUUUGCACACACCAUGUAGCAUAAAACUUCGUUUUAUAGAUUCAAUUAGAUUUAUGAGUGCUUCUCUUGAUGAAUUAGCAUCAACAUUAAAUACAAAAGAUUUAGUUAAUUUACAUAAUGAAUUCAAUUAUUUAAAUCCAGAUAAUUUUCAGUUGCUAACAAAAAAAGGUGUUUUUUGUUAUGAUUAUAUAGAUACCUGGAAUAAACUUGAUGAAAAGCAAUUACCUUCAAAGAAUUAUUUUUAUAAUAAACUCAAUGAUGAAGAAAUUAGUAAUGAAAAAUAUGAACAUGCAAAAACAAUUUGGGAAAAGUUUAAUAUUCAAAAUUUGGGGGAAUAUUCUGAUUUGUAUUUAAAAACAGAUGUUCUAUUGUUGGCUGAUAUUUUUGAAAACUUUCGAAAUAUUGGUUUUAAUACGAGUGGUUUAGAUCCUGCCUGGUAUUAUACAGUACCUGGUUAUUCAUGGGAUUGUAUGUUGAAAUAUACAAAAUGUGAAUUAGAAAUUUUACACGAUAAUGAUAUGAUUCUUUUUAUUGAAAAUGGAAUACGAGGAGGUAUAAGUCAAUGUAGUUCGCGAUAUUCAGAAGCGAAUAAUAAAUAUAUGUCAAAUUAUGAUAAAUCAAAACCAGAUUCAUAUUUAUUUUAUGUAGAUGUUAACAAUUUAUAUGGAUGGGCUAUGUCACAACCACUUCCUUUAGGUAAAUUUCAAUGGAGUGAUCCUAACAUUGAUGUUACCUCUAUCCCUGACGAUUCUUCUUUUGGAUAUAUUUUAGAAGUUGAUUUAGAGUAUCCGGAAGAACUACAUGAUAUUCAUAAAGAUUUACCUUUUUGUGCAGAACAUAGAAUACCACAAAAUUCAAAAUUACCUAAACUUUUAACAACAUUUUAUUAUAAAAAAAAUUAUAUUAUUCAUUAUCGAGCUCUCAAACAAGCGGUAGCUCAUGGAUUAAUUAUUAAAAAAAUUCAUAAAGUUUUAAAAUUUAAACAAUCUACAUGGUUAAAACCAUAUAUUGAUCUUAAUACAUAUUUUCGUGCACAGGCAAAAACUAAAUUUGAACAAAAUCAUUUUAAACUUAAAGUAAAUUCUAUUUAUGGUAAAACUAUGGAAAAUAUUAGAAAGCACCGAGUUGUAAAACUAGUUAGACAAUGGGAGGGAAGAUAUGGUGCAAAAAAUCUAAUAGCAAGUCCUAGGUUUCACAGUCGAACUAUCUUUGAUAUUGAUUUAAUGGCUAUAGAAUUACGAAAAUCGGAAAUAAAAUUUAAUAAACCUCUUUACAUUGGAAUGGCUAUUUUAGAUAUCUCAAAAACUUGCAUGUAUGAAUUUCAUUAUAACUUCAUGUUACCUAAAUUGGGUGAUAACUGUAAAAUUAUGUAUACUGACACAGAUAGUUUUAUUUAUGAAAUUAAAUGUAAUGAUUUAUAUGAAGAAAUUAUUAAAACUAAUAUUAAUAUGUUUGAUACUAGUGACUAUGCUCCAAAUAACAUCUAUAAUGUACCUCUUUGCAAUAAAAAAGUUCCAGGUUUAAUGAAAGAUGAAGCAAACGGAAAUAUUAUAACUCAUUUUGUUGGCUUAAGAUCUAAAAUGUAUUCAUAUAAACUUGAUAAUAAAAAGAUAACAAAAAAAGCAAAAGGAAUAAAACAUUGUAUUAUCAAAAACAAAAUUUCAUUUGAAGAUUAUGUAGAAUGUUUAAAUCAAGAAAAUAAUAAAACUGUUUCACAAUGUAUAAUUCGUUCAUAUGCACAUAAUGUUUUUAGCGUCAAUCAAUCAAAAAUUGCACUAAGUUCAUUUGAUGAUAAAAGAUAUAGAAUUAAGAAUUCCAUUAACACUCUUCCUUGGGGUCAUUAUAGGCUAAAAUCUGACAUUUUAAUAUAG